AACACACUUACUGGUUAUUUUGCUCGAACCAUGUAUCAAGCUUUCAGUGAAAGGCUUACCACAGGAUUUACUUCUUGAAGCCCUUUUCCGGGAGCGUUCUCUAAAAAAUACAGUGAGUCAUUGUUGCAUGACUUGCUGUCUUCCAUUUCGACUGGGGACUCUGAAAAACAUUGUUUAGUGGCUGUCGCCUUGGUCCUGUUGCCCUAUCUGCAUUAUUGCACCUUUUUGGGGCCUGUUCGCCACUAGUUUGGAGCUUUGGAAAAGUGGUGGCCUACCUAAACUUAAUGAGUCAUCUUCCAUAGGCUCUGGGGCGUGCCCUUGGUCUUCCUUUCUGUUCAUAUCUGUUGUUGCCUUUUGACUAAAUGGGGGUUUCUCUCGUCUCCACGUUCAUCUUUAUUGUUUUUGCCUUGUUUUGCGUGCAGUCGAUUUCUAUUAUUUUCCCUCGCCUGCUCUUUUUCUACAAUACCUUUUGCUAAAGAUGCCGAAAACGUACUCUACGCUCCACUCUCUCUGGCAAGUGCCAAUGCAGACACUAAAUCUUUUGGCUGUGCCAGAAAAACAAUGGCCGGAAGGGGCAUUUUCAAUCCAGAAAUGAAGGCGUGGAGUGGGUCUGGCCUGAUUUCCUCGUUAAGCAGUGUAGCCUGCUCCGCCUCAUGUGACAUUAUAAUCUUGUUUCUAAUUAGGGUCAACUUCCUUCGAAAUCGUGGUUGUGGCGUGUUUGUGCAUCGAUUUCGCCCGUUUUCAUACUGUGAUAUAAGAAUGUUAAAAAAACCGAAAUAUGUACCUUCUUUAAUUGAAACUAGUCGAACAAAGGUUUUCCUUUAAUGGUUAUUUAACAAGUUUCAUUACUAGACUUCAAUUUUUACUAUAGUCACCCGAAAUUCAAGUCAUCUUAUAAUCAUAAUCACACUGUGGAACAUUUUUGGGAUUAUUGUCUGGGGGGUGAGAAAUUCCAAGUCAGGGUGAUGGUACUAGGUCAGUAUAGUAAAACCCUGAAAGGGUUUGGCGUUCAGUUUUUUUAUGGCCUUUUAAAUUUUUUCCUUAGCUUGAUGUUUUUUCGCGUACCACUUGUCCGAUUUUGAUGAAACAAAUUUAUAAAAAUUAAGAAUUACAAUUUCUAUUUGUUUUUAUUUAAAAAAGUGUCCUUUAUCGCCUUUUUUAUAAUUUUUUUUUAAGCAAUGUUUAAAUGAGUUAAGCAUCCCCGAACUUAAACCCGAAAAACUAGCACACACUAAUACUUGACGACACCACACUCGCACACAAGACAACUCACCACACUUGUCCAUCCACCCACUCAGCAUAAAGGAUGGUCCCCUGAGUAGAUUCGACACACAAUUCGACGUUAAGAUUUACUCUGCGCCGCGUCGACACCGUUCAACACAUUUCGACAUACAGUUCGUCCAUCAACAUAUCAACAUUCGUUUUGGAUACUUUUCGCUUCGACACUGCGCCAGGUCGAACCUUCCGCACAUUUACAUCGAUCGGAUGAAUCUUGCGCGCUGCGAUCAACAUUUGAUUCGACCGAGAUCCUGCAGGUCCUGUUUUCUCAUCUCGUCUCCUCGCCGUGGAGUUUCAAUCGCACAUUCACGCGUAGCGAGUGCAUAUAAUUACUUUUACAUACAUAUAACUACUUAUAAUGGUUCAAUGUAAUAUUUCAAAAUUUAUGGCGGGUAUUGUCACUUGCGAAGCGAAUGAAAAUUUUGGCGAGUUUCGCCGUGGCGAAUUGUAAGUUGCGAAUCUCUAACGAAUUCGCCAGAAAAUGGCGAACGAGUGGCGAAAAUAAAUUUCUGGUAUUGCCACUGGCGAAAAGACGUCAUUCGCUUCGCCAUUAGUGUCAAAAUUUGACGAAUGUAUUUUUUAUUCGCUAUUUGAAAUGGAAAGGACAACAAAACGUACAACAACGCAACAAUUUCAAAAAUUAGUUGCGUUAAUGGAAAAUAAUCCGGACGUCGCCAGAGGAAUGGGGAAUUUUGGAUCGACGAAGAAAAGCAGGGCAGAGCAAUGGGAUCUGUUCGCUGCCGAACUCAAUGCCAUUGGUCCACCAUUGCGAAACGGACGCGAAUGGAAUAAGGUUUGGUUAGAUUAUAAACUGAAACUAAAAAAAAAAAUCGCGACAAACCGACGCGAAACUGUUGCCACAGGAGGAGGACCUUAUGCUCAGCAAAGUUUAUCUCCAUUAGAGCAAAGUGUGGAUGAGCUUCUUCACCUUCAGGCGGCUGUAAAUCCUACAGGCUUAGCAUAUGGCUCUAAUGAAGUGGAAACUGCGGUAAAUAAUAAUGAAAUGCAGCCAGAAGAGCGCACGACCGUGGAAACACAACGAGCCAUGGAUUUGGCAUCGCAAUCCUCAAGCAGCCGUCCUAGAAUGACAGUAGAGGAACGUGAAGUCAUUCGGAUGAAAGCGUUGGAAAAGCAAGCCGAAGUGCAAGACAUCCUUUCCAACAAAAUUGCAAAAAUGGAAAGAAAAAUAGAUGAAAUUGCAAGGUAUGCAAGAAAAACUUAUGAACUUAAACAGGAAGAAAUUAAAUUAAUGAAAAUGAAAGAAGAAAGGAAGAAGGAAGAAUAUUUAGAGAAAAAAAAAAGACAUAAAGAAAAGAUGGAAAUAAAACUACAAAUUUUAAAAUUAAAAAUGCAAAAAAAAUAG